AUGAAUCAACAGUAUCCACCAAGGCAAAAUGGCUUUUCAGCCAGACAGAAAUAUAAUAAACACAAUGAAGGUAAUAGUCAACAACGCAAUCAUUAUCAACAACAACAAUCACCAGUUCCUAAACAAGAAUUUAAACCAGUUGCAAUUUUAAAACGUGGUGAUCCAUCAGGAACGACAAUUAUCAACAAAGAUGACAGUCAAGCAAAAGAAAACAUUUCUGCUAAUACACAACAACAACAACCACCACCAAAAUCAACAAGCUACAAACAAGUGGUCGUACAGCAACCACCCGUAUCUGUAAUUCUCGCAUCACACAAAACUCCCGUUAAUGUUUCACCACCUGUUCCGAGUCCUACAGCAUCAACACCAGUACCCAUCGCAUCGUCAACAAAUCCACCAUCGACCAAUACAACAGCUAAUAGUACUCCAACUAUUCCUUCUGUAGUUCAUAAACCAAAUGGACCAAUAAAUCUGACCCGAGCAACCUCAACAUUAUCCUCGCCAGUAUUAACACAAAAUCAGCACGAUCAACAUAUUCAAUCGAUAAACAAUCGUUUACUUGCAUCCUCGAUGACAAUGAAAUCGUCGAUGAAACUCAUUGAUGAUUCAUUAACCUGGUGUGAAAAUGGUCAAUUAAACAAUUUCCUACAAGAGUCCGAUGGCUUUGUCGUUAUCGGUGCUAUCGGCCGGGAAAAAGUCGGUAAAUCCACAUUGCUUUCUCUAUUAGGUGGAAAUCAAUUUAUUGAUGAAGAUCGCCUAAUGAUAUUCCCAGCAGCAUCUUCGAAUUCUCAUAAAAUUACACAUGGCAUCGAUGUUUACAUUACAAAUGAGCAGACAAUUCUACUUGACACUCAACCCUUGUUAAGUUCACAAUUGCAUCAACAACAAAUUUUACAAUCGCCAAAUGAUUAUCGUUCACAGCAACAACAAGUAGUAUCUGCACCACAUUUUUGGCAGCAACAAAUCGAUCCUCGAUCGAUGUUUAUUGAUAAUAUACUUGAAUUGCAAACAUUGGAAAUAAUUGCGUUUAUAUUAGCCGUUUGUCAUGUUGUUUUAAUUGUUGAAGAUCAAUUUGCAGAUCCAUAUCUUUAUCGUUUAUUACAAUUGGCCGAUAUUUUACGACCGAUAUUAAAACGUAGUACAAACGAAAUCAUUAAACCUCAUUCACCACAUAUUGUUUUUAUAUUAAACAAAUGUAAUAAUUAUAUUUCGCCGCAAGAACGUCUAUUAAUAAAACGUUCAUUGGUACAAAUGAUGAUGGAUACGCAAUUUCGCAUUUAUUCAUCAUUAAAGCAAACAAAUAAAAUUAAAAUACAAACAAAUUUAAAACAAAUUGUUUCCGAUUUAAAACAACAAGAAUUGAAUGAAAAUUUACUGGUGAAAUUAUUACAAAAAGCAAAAUUAAAUGAUGACGACGAAACAAAUAAAGAUGUAGAUCUUACAAAUGAAAAUGAUGAAGACCUUGAUGAAAAACAAAUUAAUUACGAUCAUGUAAACGCGAUUUUUAUACCUCGACGAGAUUUUCGUGAUUCUCAUUCGUCUCAUUGGCAAUCACGUUUUCUUGGUUUUUCAAAUGCUGAUUCGAUCGUUCGACAACUUCGUCAACAAUUGCUCGCUAUAGAUCGUCCACACAUUGAACAAUGUCAAACGCAACGUGCUUGGUUAACACAUGCUUCUCGUAUUUGGGAUUUAAUAACAAAAUCCAGUCAGUGGGCUGAUUUUAGUCGCUUAUUAACAUGA